CCAUGCAAACAGUGUUUAUAUGUGAAUGUGAGACAUGGCAAAUUGAUAUUGUAAGAUUAUCCACCAAAAUGCUAAAUUAUGCAUAAAAGACACUUGAUGCAGGGAAACGUGCAGCUACCAUUAUUCAGGUGAUGCUCUUCACUUUGGAAUGGGUAAGUCACUUGCAUUGCCUAAUUAAAGCUUCACUUUGCUAUAGACAAAUAAACACAUAGUAGCAGGUAACUAACAUUAUAAUUCCUGUUCAUUGUCAUUUCUGUUCAUUCAGAUCUUAAUUUCAUUCUUAAAUAACAGAAAAUGUUACAUUUGUCACUCAGGGCUGUCAUAAUGCAUGCACAGUGAUAGGUGAAUAGGUGAAUGUCAAGGUAUGUAUGUGAUUGGCUACAUAGGACAGAUAUUCAUAUUAUCCACACAAAAAAAGUUUCUAGAAUAGAUAGAAUGAUAAAGAAAAGAAUGGGGAAUUUUGCUCUCAGUUCUCAUUGUAUUGUGACAUCUUCAUUACUUGUGCUAUCUUGGUUUCCAUGGUGAGACCACUGCAUUUUCUUUCCACAGUUCUAAAAAAAGAGAGAGAACCAUUUCAGGAAAGGCACAUUGAUGUAAGGAAAAAGACAACACAGGAAGAAGUAAUAACAGUCCAAGAAGUGCUAAUGGCUGUAAGCACAUUGAUUCAAGCCACCUUGAUGGGAAAGGACUUCCUUCAGUCCUCACACAUUCCCUUUUGGGGCGGCGACAGUUGCAAUGGCCUUGACGAGGCAUUUAAGACCACCUUCCAGACAGACUUCAACUCUCUUGCCACCCUACCCAAGAGAUUCGCCAUCUCUCGCCCCAUCCCUGCCCAGGUCGAGCACAAAGACCUGCGUCGGAUCAAGGAGUAUCUGACCGAAGCGGUCAAGUCAUAUCCCCACCACCCACAGAUCCCCCUCUGCCGCACACCUGCUUGGGCUAAGCUGUGCACUAACUUCCAGAUGCAUAAAGACCCCAGGCAGGUCAGCUUCCUCACCACCCAGGCAGAGGGCUUCCAGCACCUGGCCUCAACCCACACCAAACCCAUCCGGCCAGUCAUGGCCAUUAAGAAGAAACAGCUGGAGGAGAAGCUUCCUGUGACCACUCAUAAAGCUUCAUUCACCCCAUACAAUGUGUCGCCCAUUGUCAAGGCCAAGGUCAAACACCUAGGGCGAGAACCCACCUUUAAAUGGGACAGGGAUGGCCAACAUUUUGACUCCCACCACAACGAUGUAUUCCAGGGACAAUGGCACAGCCCACCUCAACCUGUGGAGAAGCAAAUCCACUCAUCAGUGGCAAUGGGAGACCCACAGAAGAUUCUGGAAACUAAAACCACCCAGGAUGUGUCCUUUGGACACCCUGGCAAUCCUAGUCCAGUCAAUGUGAAGGAACGUUUGAAGGUCAAUCUUGGCGAUUUCUCUGAAAACAAAUGGACAUCUACAAUGGCUGACGCGUUUCGCGAGGCCAAGUCAGCCCCUGUUCUACUGAUGCAAAUGAACAAGACUCUCAGCUCAGUCCCCAGAGGGGACACUGAUCCUGGGCGCAACCGACUGAGGAUGAUGGCCACAACCAACAGCUUUUUCUUCUCUGAGCAGAAACACAGAGAGCGGCCGGUGCAUUUCAGUGGAGCCAACGUGAGGACCAGGAGCAAUGUGGAGUUCGGCAGACCCAUUCUGGGAGGCCUGUUCUACAGCACCACAGCCCAGGAAGACUACCCCAAGAGGGACAUAAAUCGAGCUAGGCCGCAUACCCAUCCCUCUGGCCAUGUGCUGACUGGCCAAGAGCCUGGAACAGCCUCGACUACUGUUCAAAGGGACUACCUCCCACUAAACUCCAGGAGACAGGAACUUAGCCCAAAACAACUUCAACAGAUUAAAUUCAGCCACAUCACCGCUCCCUACAAUGAGCAACACUUCACCACGACCCAUAAGGAAGCUUUUGGGCCCAAGCCUCUCUCCAGGACCUGCCCGGACAACCCACCUAGACAACACAUUAGCCACAUGCCUUUCUAAAGAGACCAAAGAGCUGCCUUAUCAAAACUUGCUUUCACAAAUAAAGCAUUUACUCUAUAUAUUUAAGGGACAUUUUGGGGAUAUGCAAGGGAAAAGCUCUGGUGCAAAACAAUUGCUAACUUUUUUUUGAAGAGAUAGGCCUACUCCUCUGAAAUGUAUGCUUUAUUCAAUGUUCUGUUUGUUUAUUGAGCAAAUGGCCAGGUGAUAUGGAGCAACUGCUUACCUCUAUUGACUAAACAUGUACAUUUGACUGCCUACACAUGAUCCAAUAAAUGUGGAAA